ACACAAUAUCAAAGCGUGACAGUGUGACAAUCAGAUUUAUCGUCCCGUUCUCUUCUACAGACUGUGGUCGCCUUUUGCAGCGGCCCAGCAACAAACUGUCUGCCCACACGCAAUCUAACAGUCCUAUUGCCAACCCAGGUCAUUUUAAUCUCCUGCAGAACUCCCCAAGAAGAGACACUCUUUUUUUGAUGAUGAGUAUCUCUUUUGGUGGCCUGGGGCUUAUGUCUAUCCGUAGACCCUUCUCGGAGCUCGCAGGCAUAGUUUUGGGCAAAGGAGACAUCCAAUCUAUGUUUUGUCUCGUUGUUUUUUGUAUCGUCUUCUUUGUACUUGCUUACCUCACAAACCCUUCCGAAAACUCUUUCAGAGCUUAUCUUACGGAACUUUCCUUUCGCCAGCAUCUUAGCCGUUUAGACGACAACAACGACGACGACGAUCCGGUCGUCCCAGAAAAGUCGUCCGCCGGUCAUCUGUCUUUUCGUAUCGGUGCUGUUGGUAUUCACCACAAUCUCCCUAUCGAGAAUCGCUCCCCAUUCCAUUUUGCCAAUCGAGCCUCAGUGUCCCUGCGGACACCCAAGCAUGUCUUUCACAGCUUUGGUAUAUUCACGAUUGCCGCAAUCAUACCUCUGGCUAAAACAGAUCGGGCACAGCAAGAUCAAGGGGACAGUACAAUAUCUGAUUCUUGGUUUAUUGGCGCUUUUGGAAAAUGGUGGAGGGGAGGCGUUUUUGAAACUUGGUAUCAGGACGUUAUAGCUCGUUCUGGAGAUGAACAGAGCUGGAGUUCGGGAAUUCUUGGUAUGAAAACUCUGGAUAGACACAACGAAUUGAAUGCGCUGCCAGGGCUUCCUUUCACCACUCGAAAUCUUCCUCCUCAUGGGCCUUCACGCGGGUCGCCACCCCGGUUGCGUAAUCGUGAAAAGUCGUCUCAGCGCAAUGUCAUAGUGUCUCCUCGUAGCUCUAGUCCUCCACCUUUGCCAAAGUCGGUCUCUCUCCCUCUGCAUGCUCCUCGUACUACUCAGUCUUUACCGGAGCGAAAUGGUCCACACGCGUUGGCCCAUUCCCAUUCUUCUCCUAUGCCUUCCGAACAGAUCAAUAAACCGGCUGCUACGACGCCCACAUCGUUCGAUCAGUCUCCGAGAGUGGUUGAACUUCUUCAUCAGAUAUCUGCUUCUAAAUCUACCAUACUCGACCUCCGUGGACAAUUAAAUGAAUAUCAUUCAGCUGCUUCACAGUCACAUGCAUCGCUGCAGGCUGACUUGGUUGCAUUCCGCGAGCGAAAGCGCCAGGAGGAUACGACUAAGAACGACCUGAAAGCUCGCACCAAGACGCUGGAAGACUCUAAACGUACCGCUGAAAGCGCGAAACGAGACUCAGAAAAGAGGUUACGUUCUGCUGAAAGCGCGCGCCAUGAUGCUGCGCAACGAAUCGAACAUCUGGAUAAGGAAAUCACUCAGCUGCAGAAUCGCCUCGCCGACGAUACCGCUUUUUUGACGCGUAGCCAGAAUUUCAAUCUCACUUCCGAGGCCGAACAGAUGAUAACUACGGAGUUGGAACACAAAAAGAAGGAAAUUCGAGUUGCUGAGAAUGUGGUUACUGCACUUAGUCUACGUGCCCGGGAGCUUGAAGAAAGACUGGCCGAGAAGAAGGAAAGGGUUCGUUUAAUGCUUGAACGUGUUGAAGCUCAGAAGCAAGAACAAGCAAUACCCCCCUCCUCUCCCGUUGAACAUUACGACACCUGGUCUCCCACUUCCGAUAUUCCUGACAAUCAUUUUCCAGUCCACUCUCAUAAUUCGUCUGGCUAUACUGGCUCACUGGAUACGGACGACGUAUCACACAAUUACAGCGGUGAAAUGCCUGUCAGUCGAUCCUCCAAGUCAUCCCUCAAUCUGGUCUCCGACUUCAAAGAAAGUUCACUCUCGACCGCCAGACCCGUGAAUCAGGUUCAAGGAUAUUUUGAAAGGCCGAUGAAUGUCCUUGGUAGACCUCCCCUGCCACUCAAUUUUUCGCCAUUCGAAGAAAUGCCUCAAACACCCGCAGUGGUAAUAUCUCCUUCAACAAGCUCGUCACUGAUUUCUUCGUCGCUCAUAUCGUCCCUGGAUGAUGUUGACGGCCUGUCUCGCUCUUUCCAGUCCGAAAGUGAUAUCUUCUUAGAGCGAGACUGGAAAGAGAAGAAGGCACACGGCCGUCAACAGAGCUUACAACAGCCCGAAGGAAACAUCGUCUGUACGCACACCACAGUUUCCCCUACUGGCGACAGCUUUGAACACGAUCCGUUUGAAGUUAGGGUCUUUGCGCCGCGUGGACAUGAUGGCUUCGCUCAACUUACAGAUAAUUCUCUCAAACGAAAUAACUCUGAGUCGUUCACUUCCGUGCAUAUCAAUGCCGAUCUUGAACCUGUGGUCGCAGACAAAACCCAUAAUCGUCGAUGGUUUUCGCUUUCGGCGAAGACCAAAGCCAAGAAAGGACUCAACCCUGAUGCCAAGGUCUUCGAUUUCAAUCGUUCCCAGAACAAAUCCGUCCCCGUACCUGUGAUGCAAGGUGUGAGCCCGCCCGUUUAUGAUGCGCUCAAUCCCAAUGGUCUAGGUUCCACACUUGUAUCUUCCACAACGACUGACAACAAUUUCCUUCGUGCGUUCGCUCCAUCGCCUGCAGAGCGAGAAGCUUUACAACGUGCUCUGGGAGGAUCCAGCAAUGGCAGUCUUGAGCGUCUUCCGAGUCUGAGUGAUGUGGGAAGUAUUCCGUCAUCUCCUUCCCAUAUUCAUGCCAAAUCAGUCGAUCAUGCGUCUCCGCCGUUCGAGCAGCCGCAGCGACACGUUCCUUCAUGGCUGCAAUCGCUUCCUCGUAUUCGUAAACCUAAUUUCAGCCCGUGGGAUGACGAGGAAUCUGCACCGACGUCCACUACGGUUGUAGGUGGGCCUCACCGAUUUCUGGGUGGUGGGAAGGCGUAAAUUGAAGUGUGUGGCAUGAUUUAAAGAGGUGUAAAAUUUGAGGUGAAUGUAUUGUAAUCGAGGUGUUGAUGCGUAAAAAAUUGCUUGUGGGUGGUUAUUGGUACGGGGGCACUGGUGGAAGUUGGCCUUGUU